UACGUACAAGAAUGUUCUUAUUUUACUUAUUUCGUUAAAUUUCCUGCGUGGCCUCUUUGGUAUUUUUUAAAUAAACUAACGACUUAUAUACCAGAAGCGCUGCGAGUUGGUUCGCGUAGUUUGUUUUUGGGAGUGUUAUUUCGAACUAAUUUGUUACCUCCAGAGACGUCGUCUCGGUGCGCCGGUUUAUGCGAAGAAGUCGUGAUGAAGAUGGUAACACAAGUUUUCUGCCCACCCAAUCAGUCGCCAUUACCUUUGCCUGUCCCACACUCCCUACGAAUGUCGAUAUCAACUCAUGGUAUUUCGAGGUUGUCUUCGCAUAAACAAAAUGCCAUCAACUGUGGUCAAAACUGUGGUGACAGUGACUGCAGUGAUAGUGGCAGUUGUGGCAGCGUUGUUCAGCAAGGACUGGUGGAGUCAUCGGAACGUACCAAACGAACCAUACUCUGCAUAUGGACAGAGAAGACCAAAGACCGACUAGCUUUUGCUGGUUUUCUCCACACUUACGGGCCGAAACCAAGUAAAUGCAGAGUGUGUGUAUGUGUGUGUGCGCGUGUAUGUAUGCGUGAUUGUGUGUGUUAUUAUUAUUAUUAUGCUUUAUUUUUUUUCUUUGAGAGCUCUCUCUUCUCGUUUUUACUUAAAACCUAACCAUACUCGGGUUUAUAGCAUUGAUUUUAAGAUUUUAUUAUAUGUAAAAAUUAUAUAAUGUUACAUACAUAAAAAUUGGUCUUUUAUUGUUAAGUAAUUAAUUUAAUAUAUAAUUUAAUAAUAUGAUUUUGUUUAUAUUCUUUUUUAAAAUUGAUAUUAUUGUUA